CGUCACCGCCGCCGCGUCACGCCGUCACGGGGGCCGUCACGGCGCCGGUAUAAGACGCGCGGCGCGGCGACCGUCACCACUCUCAGUCGACUCGGGACAGCCGCACGCACAGCAGCCACCGAACGAUGCGGCUCCUACUGACCACUCUGCUGGUGCUGACCGGCGUCAGCGACGGAUACGGACUUCCGGCACAGCAGAAGGUGGCGACGAGGACCCGGACCAGCAAUGUGGCCAUUACUCGCGGCGGCGGCAGCGUCGUAGGCUCCACAACGGGCUCGGCGGCCGGCGCGAUGCAGCUGGGCCUGCGUCUGCCCGGUCUGAGUCGGACCGGCUCCGUCACCAGCGCCGUCUCCGGCACCGACAACUUCGCCAGCGCCGGCAACGGCCAGGUGGCCUCGGCCCGCGAGGUCACCUCAUUGGGCAGGAUCGGCAGCGGGCGCGCGCAGACGCUCACCCGGCAGCGGCUGCAGGCGGCCACCGGCGGCCGAGCCGUCACCACCGGCGUGGGUACGGGCGCGGCCAGCGGCGCCAUGCGCCAGUCGACCCGCGGCGCGGUCACCGGGCCCAGAGGCGUGGUCGGCGCCGCAGGGGACGACGUGGCCACCUCGGCCACCAGCAGCGUCACCGCGCAGAACUCCAACCAGGGUAACUCGCUGACGCAGUUCGCGCAGAACUCGGAGCAGGCGGCCCGCUUCAUGGGCAGCCUGGCGGGCGGCGCCGGCGGCGGCCUGGCGCUCCCGGGCGGCGGGCUCCCCGGACAGGCCGUGCCCCCGUUCGGCGGCCUGGUCGGCGGAGGUCGGAUCACGCUGAGAGGAGACCCGAGCGCCGGCCUGCCGGGAACCACGACGACGACGACGACGCGCCGUCCGCGCCGCCGCCGCCGGAUGAUGCGCCGGAUGAUGGGCGGUAGGAGAAGAGACUAAGUGGUCUCUUCGUGGACCGGCCGCUUCCAAUCCGCACGGCAUUGUCAGCCCGGUGAAUAAUUGAAGAAAUGAGCAGAACUGGGAAUUUAUGUUUUUGUUAGCAUGACGGAAUAUUCGUAUAGGAAAGCUAAUUUAUUGUUGUGUUGCUUUUUCAAAGCUACCGAAAACAUAGCUCGUACUGAAUCGCUAAAAUGCCCGUGUGAUCGUUUUAUCGUGUUGCUAAUUUGCAGCCCCGAAGUUGUUUUUGUAUGGGACUGGGAGAAUAAAUAAACUGUGUUUACCAUUCGUC